CAUUUAUAAUAAUUUAUACUCUUCAACUUUUUGUGUUCUUUACGUCACUAGUUAAACCGGAAAUAAUACGCCAUCUGACGAUACAAAUAUGUUGGUUUAUAACGUGUUUUUAUCGUCGGAGGAUUAGUACAUACGACCAAAUUGUGUACGAGGGGUCGGGAGCGUGUUCGCACCUCCCGACCGUUUUAAGGUCAAGAAAUGCCUUCUGUGAUAGCAAAAAGUUUUCAGGUUUGCGAAAGUCUCGGUGUAGGUCACUCGGAAGGCGAAGGACGUACCUUAAGGCACCAUCCACAUUUUACUACACCUACAAGAAUCGCAGAACGAAAUGCUCCACUUUUUAUGAAAGGAGUGAAACAAAGUAAAAAUAAUUACGAGAAUUUACAACGUUUGGGAAAUAAAAAUAUGAAAUGCCACCGAAUAAACGAACCACAUUUAGACGUAGCCAUCAAUAACCGUUCUGAUGAUCAGGUUAAAAAAUCGGAAAUAAAAGCAACUGAAGAAACACACGAAAAAAUUGUAAAAUACGAAGGAAAUAGAAGAAUUAAAAGGAAAAUAAUUAAAACAACUGAAUUUAGUCAUAUUAAAACAAAAUGCACAAAUGCCGAAAAAUUGGAUGGUUUCCUUAAUGGCAACAGAAAUGAAGAAUUAAAGAAAAAUGAGUUAUGUGAUUGGUUGAAAUUAAAUGGCUUCAAAACACAAAGAGAUAAAGCAACGGAAUAUGAUUAUAAUCAAUCUAAACUAAGUAAGAAAUCGGAUAAGAAAUAUUUGCACCAUAAAAACAGAGUUAAUGAACGAGAAAAAUCGACUUUUUAUAAAAAAGAUUCUUCUAGAGAAGUAUCGCAAGAUGAAAUGAUAAGAACGUAUUCUUCCGAAAGCACCGAAUAUGAAACCUCGCAAGAUGAAUUGAUGAAAACAAACUCAACAGAAAGCAUCGUAAAUGAUACUUCAUCGAGUUACGAAUAUGACAGACUUAACAAUUCUGAUCAUAUUCAAAAAGUUAAUGUAUCAUAUUCUAAAACAUCAAUGAAUUCUCCUCCAAUUUCUAUCAAGAAAGAACAAUGGCCCGAUAUAAAAUGCAAAAUGAGAGUUCUAUCGACGAAAGAUAAACCAUCUGUUAUUCCUACCAAUAUUGUUUAUCGUAAAAAUUUAGAAAAUGGAGACAACAGAGAUUAUUCAUCAUCGGAACUAGAAUGGGAAACUACACACGAUGAAAAACCAAUUGCUACGUUUAAAAUUAGGCAGAAUAAAAAAUAUACAUCGUUGGAAGAACAAGAGUAUAUAAAUGGAUCGAAAUCGAUAACCAUUGAUAAAAAUUCUGCAAGAGAAAAGCCACCGUCUCCAACAGUUAUGUUCAGAAUUAAAACACCUACAAAAUCCGAUAAGUACCAGUAUCAUAACACAAUUAAUAACACAACAUCAGACGAAACAUCUACUUUAUCUUCAGUUUCCGUUCAUUCUAUAGAUCAUUUUGUUGCAGAGAGUACAACAAAUACUCUUACUGACUACAUUCGAGAGGAUCGUUUAUCUUAUCAAACGCCAUCGAAACAAAGAUACGAAUACAAAGAGAAUUUAAUAGAAAAAGACUCCAGCUCCGAGAACUUUUCGACUCAUUCUUCCAAAGAAGAAGAAAUAAAAUACCAAAAUAAACCGAUUGAAAUUCUAUUUAGAAUUAAAUCUUACGACGAAGAAAAUACUACAAAUAAAAAGAAUACAGAAAAGAUAAUUGAUAAAACAUAUUCGAAACAAUUUUCUGACAUCAAAUCUCCUUCCACCGAUAGCAAUUGUUCAGUGGAAAGCGAACACACUCACUCGAAUCGAACGUAUAAUCAAUUUACUAGCGACAGUAAAGUUAAUGAUAAAAAUUUUAGUUUUCCGAAUAAAAAGGAUAAUUAUUCUGCAUUUAAAAAAGAUAAAACGUUUGAAGCGUUUAGAGGAACAUCGGAAAUCGUACAUCGUAUUUCAAAACCGGUCAAGUCUUACGGAACAAAUACACAGACUUUUGACGAGAAAUCAAAAUCUGAUUCUUCAAUAAUGAAAAUUUUCUCAUACAAUUCCCAGAAAUUUGUACCAAAAGUCGAAAAACCGAAAUAUCAGGAUUAUUCUCAGAAUAUUUCUAUCAGAAAAUUUGAAAAAGAAAAUAAAAUGACAAGAAAUGAAGACGUCGAAGAAAUAAAACAUGAAAUUAUUUCGAAUAAGUAUGAAAAUUCAUUAUUCUCAAACAAUAAAGUAUCGGAUAGAAUUCCUGGUUCAGAUCCCAGUAAAAAAGAAUGGAAUCAAAAUAAUUACGUAAGAACAAUAAAAGAUAAUAAUUUAUCCGACUCACAUAAUAAUUAUCCAGAACAAUCGCACUUUGUAGUUAGAAAACCCGCACGCAUUUCUUCUGAAUUUAAAAAUAAUGAGACUUUCGAGGAGAAGAAAGCAUCAAAUGAUAUAAAUAAAUACGUUGAGAUAAAACAUUACAGAUCUGACUUUUUAAAAGAAAAAUCAAUUGGAAAUGAUAAUCUUCGUCACAGUCCAAACAUCGAUACGAUCCAAUCCGAUGUGAAAUAUGCUUCACAAAGUUUUCAUGUAAAAUGCAACACGCCGUAUCAAAAAAGAAAAGAAAAGGAGGACGACAUUCAAAUACAAAAAUGUGUAAACUUCGAUGAUCUGAAAACGGAAACUUUGAUACUUAAUAAAUAUUUCGAUACAAAAUCCGAAAAGACCAAUUCAGAAAAUCAUCCUAAAGAAAAGCGAUCAUUCGAUGAUGUUUAUGCAUUUUCAAGGAAUUAUACCAAUCUGAAAAUAUCUGAAAAUCAAUCGCAUAGCAAUAGUAAUAAAAUGUCUCAACUACUUCGUGUAGAAAUCCCUCCGCAUUGUAAACCAUCGAAUACAAAAAAAGAGCCGAAUGUAAAUUUACAGGAGGUAGACAAACGUCCCGACAUCUGUAAUAAGAAAAUUUACGAAGAAAUAAAAUUGAAUUCGUUGGAAACCAAUACAGAGAUUGAUUAUCGUAAGAUUAAUUUAAAAUAUUUUCCCAACGAUCGGGAUAAAACCAACGAGAAAACUUCAUCUCUCUUUAACAAUAUAAAAUGGCAUUCAGUAAAUAGAGAAAAAAACGAAGAAUUUUCAUCCGAUUUCCACAAUAAAAGUCUUUCUACCGAAAUUUUAACGAAAAAAUCUAUUUUUACAGAUGACGAUAUUGAAAAAAUCGAUAGAUUGAAAGAUUUCCGAAGAAAUAAAUUAAAAUGCCAAUCAUUUAAAACUGAAAAUCAUAUUAGAAAUGUGGAAAAUUCCAGAGAUGAAAAUGAAUUUUAUUCUCGUCUCGAUGCUAUAAAACAACUAGAAAGAAUUUCUGAAGAAAAUCGAAAAUUUAAGGAGGACAUCGAGAAAAUCAAUUCAAAUCAUAAGCAUUUAUCUGGAGUAUCCAUUCGUCCGGAUAUUUCAAGAAUUAUCCAGAAUGAAAAAUUCUAUAAUGAAGUUAUAGAGAAGACAAGCAAAAAUUAUCCAGGGUUAAACAGACAAUUAUUCAAUUCUAGAAGUCAAGACUUAAAAACAGAAAAUAAAGGUUCUAAGAUUGACGAUAAGACAGUUAAAGAAACGUAUACCGUCCAAGUUCAGUUAUCUCAUAAAGGAUUUCGAAUAAAAAAUUGGAAGGAAGAAGUAAUUAUUCAUCGAAUGUUAUUUACCUCCUUCAAAUACUGUGACAAACCUGCGUAUGACGUCACAAAAUCGAAAAACGUCAUUAGCGAGAAACGUUUUUAUAUCGAUGCGGCAAACAGGUAUAAAUUUACUAAAUCCGAAAAUUCCAAAAGAGAAAAUACAAGUAUUUCGAAUAAUUCAGAAAAUAAUUAUAUUCGGGAUAUUUUUUCCAUGCGAAAUAACGGUUAUUUGUUUAAUAUUAGAGCGGACAAUACAUCGAAAAGAGCUACUUCGUUAUACGUCGUAUGGAUACCAGACUUUUAUAAAACAUCGACUUUUGAUGAAAAUUCGAUCGUGGAUCCACCCAAGGUGACUAAUUUCUUAUCGACAUUACAUAAUUGUUUUAAAGAUGUAGAUACCGUUUGUGACAAAAGACCGGUUUGGCCACCUUUAUUGCAAGAAUAUAAAUAUUCCGCUGUCUCUGCUCUGCUUAAGUCAGAAUGGUCGACAGGUGGUUGUUCGAUGUCACAUGAAGAAAGCGUGCCAAUUACUCGUGUCAAACCGCUGACAUCUUUCAACCUUUCCUGUACUGAAAAUUCUACAACUAACUCGCAAAAGCUAUCGCCUACCGUCAUCUCCAGCAUCACCAUUCCAUUUACGGUUCGAAGUGCGCAGAUAAAAGAACGUUCUUCCGGAUUUCUUAUGCCCAGAAAUAUGUUUCAAAAUUCUCAUCAGUUUCAGCAGAAUUUACCAAACAUUUGUCAUCAUAGACAGGUGAGUUUUAGUGAAUCUUCUUUAAUAUCUCAUAAAGAAAAGCCUACUGUACUUCGAGCUCUUUACGUCCGGACAGAUAAUUGUUCUCUUAACGAUUGCAUUGUUAUCAGAAAUGCUUUCAACGUUCCUCCUCAACGCACAGCUCAAAUCAGUUUAACAUCUCAUCCAAACUUACGCUCAACAACAGAUCAAUUAAAGGUGUUCCAAUCGGUUUGUCAGCAAGCAAUUUCCAUUAGUGAAAAUAUAACUGCUUGGUUUAUAUUGAAAAAGAACGUUAUUCCCAAUUAUGAAAUAGUUAGUUACUUUCACCAACUAGUUUUAACAAAUAUUAACUGUGAAUAUCCCUUAUCUAUUGUACUUCCUACUCUAAAUAAGAUCGUAGAGUUAAAUGGACAGUACGUCAGUAAUGCUUUAGAGUACUCCAUCAACUCUAUAAAACUUCAAACUUCAAUUUAUUUUCCUUAUCUUAUUAUCUCCGAACAAGAAUAUUCACCAACAGAACAGAAAGAAGAAUCUUAUUUAAUAGCAAAGAUAUCAAGAGUAUUUUUAUUCGGUCCAGAGAAGAAUUUUAAGUCAGUUAUAAGAACACAAAGGACUUGUCUUCGUAAUGAAGAAAAUUCUAAAUUUAGAUCUACAGAGAUGAGAAAUAAUUUUGAGAACUUUUUGCCAUUUAGUAAACCAAAAAAUUUAGUAAUCCAAAAUUUACAAGAUUAUGAAGCAACAUAUCGGUGCCACUCAAUUAGUAAAGAAGAUCGCAGACAAGAUUUGAUUCCUUGUGAAAAGUUGGGAUUAAUAUCAAGCGCGGAUUCUCUGGUUGCUAAAUAUUCUUACAAAACACCGUCGAAUCAAAAUAAUGCUAUAAAAGUAUCAUGUAGACAACUGGAUAAACCUUCUCAAGAUUCAAAUAUUUAUUCUCCAAAAGUUGCUAAAUAUACUGAUUUAUAUUAUAAUAAGCAUUUUUUAAAUUAUAUAUUUGUUGAUGGAAUAAAAUCAAAAGAAUUGUUAAUACCGAGGUUAUUAUUAAUCAAGCCAAAAAUUAAAUUCCAUAAAAACAUAAGAUUCUGCAAUCUUCUUUUCUAUCCAACAAUAGAGAAUUCUUUAAUAUUAUUUAAUAAACCGCAAAAUGAAAACUGCGUGUGUUCUUGCAAACACAUUUUAGAAUAUCCUAUUGUAAUGAAUAUAAAUUUUGUAGAAUUUCCUCUUAAUAUCAAUGUUUCGAGCAGAAGUGAAGAGUUAAUUCCGAAAUUAAAUGCAAGAUUGUAUGAUUUUCAAGAAUAUUCCAAUCAUUUAAUAAUUCAAGAUAAUUGUGAAUCGGAAAUGACAGUCACUUGUUUUAACAGAGUUAAACCAUUUUUACAAAUGCCGAAAGAUACAGAAACUUAUUUUAAUGACUAUAUUACAAAAGAAAGAAGCAUCGCUUAUGAAUCAAUUAGUGUUUUCACGGCUUCGUCUGUUAAUAAAAUUAACAUUAAGUGCAAAAUAGAGAAAAGUGAUCAUUUACAAAUUCAAAAUAUCAAAUGUAGCUACCCGAUGAAAGUGUUAACGGAUCGUAUUCUAGACGAAAAGAGGAUGUUUAGUUUUGAACCGAAUAAUUGUAAAGAAAGUCAUUCAUUAUUUUCAGCUAAUGAUCUUUUUAACACGAAAUUUAACAUCACCGAGAAGAAAGCAGAAAGAAAAUUUGUUUCGUUAAACUUCAAUGCCAACUUCGCACGUAAAAGUAUAACGGACUAUAAAAAUUCCGUCAAAAGUCAGUUUCAUUUACCAGUAUCGCAUCAUUCUUCAAUACAAACCGUAAAAACAUUUCGUCCGCUAAAAAUAUUUUAUUUUUCUUCAGGACCAGAGCAACUACUCAGUACUAGAAUUUUCGAAACAAGCUUAUUAAAUUAUAUUAACAAGAGCUAUUAUUUCUGUGAUCAGUGUGUAAACAUGUUUUCUUCAUUUUCUUCAAAAGAAAUAAUUUCAAAUGUAAAGCUUGAAUGUGAUUUAUUACAAUAUAUUUACAAAUACAUUCCUUACGUAGACAAUAGUUUAAGAAAAUUUUUAAAUCCUCCAUUACGUGCUGAAAAACUUUCAUCUCAAGUUGACUUAUCGUAUGAAUUGAACGUGAGUAACAACAUUUCAUUCGGUAGUGUAAAAUCCUUCCCUGGUCAACGUCUUCGAAAACGUUUUUUGAACAUGACUUGUGAAGAUACUCUACAGCAACAUAUUUUUACUAAAUGUUUAUUUGAAAAUAAUUCCUUAAGUGUAUUUAAACUUCCUUUAUGUAAAAAACAGUUCCCAAGAUAUGAAAGCAUUCUUUCUGAGCACGUAUUUAAAAAAUCAAUUUUACAUGAAAACAAUAUUAAGAUAAUUUAUAUAUUUCCAUUUUCUACCAAGAAAAUUGAAAAAAUUUCUAUAAAGAGGGAACAUCAGCCGAUUUGUAAAUGCGUUACUUACUUACAAGAUACUCUACCAACUUUCAUUCUUGUUACCUCUCAAGCAGCUGAAUGCCAUUAUGAAUUUCAUACCGAACAAGGUCUUUGCAACUUUUUUGUCGAUGCUUCUUAUGCAUUAAAGAAUUUUAAAUCUAUUCUUCCAAAAGAAACGAAACUCCUGCCGUAUUUUGAAAAAAGCCAUCAGAUAAUUUCUGUUAUUAUAUUUUCAGUAAACGAAUCCGUAAAAGUAUUUAAUAUUCUUUUAUCACCUUACAAAUCUGUAAAUUGUGCAUUUGAAACUAACUUACUACAAGCGAUUUGCUCGAAGGUAAUGCAUUUGGAAGAGGAUGUUAAGAUUUUUUCUGCUUCAUCUCUUCAACAAGCAAAAUUAGAAAUUAAAUACGAAGAUAUAGAUAUUCCGAUAAAGCAUAUUAACAUUCAUUCUAUUCCUGUUAAUUAUUCAUUAAUAUAUUUUAUAACUUCAAGAAGAAUACGUGGACGAUCGCAUUUAAUAUUUGAAACGAAAUUUUUACAAGAAAUCAAAAAGUGUCAAUUGUUCUUUGAAAACUCUUUAAAUAUUUCUGAAUCAUCAGCACCUUUACUUGCUGAAAAAAUUGAUGUCUUUUCUGAAACUGAUUUCCUUCAACCACUUUGUAUCAAUAAUGUGUAUCUAUACGAUAACAUCAAAAUCCUUUCUAUUCCCGAAACGUCUCAAAAACAGGCUAAUUACACACUUUUGUUAAAUAAGUACGUUUGUAAUGAUUUCAUACGUGUUUAUGACUCAGUAAACACAUUUGAUGUUUCUUCUUCGAUGUUUUUAAAAGCUGUCAGAAAUAAUGAAUUGCGUGUUUUAGAAAAUACUUUUAAAACUUUUUCAUCUAUUAAUUAUGCUCAACUGGUUUUUAACGUUAAGCCAGUACAAAAAAUACAAUUUGUAAAAAAUAAGAAACAGAACGAGCCUCAAGAUAUCGAAUUAUAUAAUUGCGGAAAUCUGUGUUUUAAUCGCAACAGUAUGAAAGAAUUAUUGUUAGAAGUCAAAUUUCAAUCAUCUUUAUUGAAUUGUGCAUGCUUAAAUUGCAUUUCCAAUCAUACUUCUUUGCAAGUUGUUUCUUCUUUCAUGUCUUAUCCACAGUUUACAGCUGAAUGCAAAUUCGACCAUUUAUCAUAUAUCGAUAAUUAUCGUGCAGUUAUUAAUUAUCCUAUAGACAUAUUUGUUGUUCCAAAUUAUUUAAUAGAGCAAAGUAAAUAUACAUUGAUACCUGGAUUAAAACAAGGAUUAUAUGUGAGUGAGAAAAAUGAAUAUAUGUCUAUAAAAUUCAAAUGUAAUUUACAUAACCUAAUUACGUAUCAUGCUAAAAGGAAUUGUGAAAUUCGUCCUUUAAAUAUUGCUUUUAAAGAUUUCAAUAUUAUGAAUCACUCAAUAAACUCUUUUCUUUCGGAUUUUCAAAAAUACAAGCCAUGUUAUGUGUACGAAACAUUAUUAUAUAAACCAAGUAUAUCCAAAUAUUUUAUACAUCAUCCUUUCAAAUUCUUUACAGUCUCUUCUUUAUCCUCUGAAAGUACUAAAUAUGUUUUAUGUACUGAUUCACCUAGGCAUACCUGCAUUUCUUCGAAUUGUUUAGAGGAUAACCUCAGUUUGUUUCAACUUUCCUUUUCCCUAAAUAAGAAGUUUUUGAAAAUUAGCAUUCAGCCUCAAUUUUGUUAUUUCAAUGAAUGUGUUUCAAUAUAUUAUCCUUUCAAAAUAUUUUUGAAAACAACUCCAACUGAAAUGAAAAUAUAUCCAAAAUUUGAAAGUUUUUUGUCGUAUAUCUGUAAAACUGUCUGUACUACGGAUAAUUCGUUAAAAGUAUUCACUAUAUCGAGUGAGACAAAUACAUAUAAAAAUGCUCUAAAUGAAACUAUUUUCAUUCGACAGUUGUGUAUGAUGAGUUCUUUACGUGAAGAAAUUAAUUGGUUUUCUAUUCCUUAUUAUAAAAAAGAAGCUUUAAAAUCGUUAAACGAAAUUCGCCUUCUUCAGUACAUCAACAUAGAAGAUGUUCGUGUUAAUUAUUCGAUAAGUGAACAUUAUAAUAUUUCUUCUCAAUUAAAAUCGAAGUUACGACCAAAAUUUGAAACAGAUUUAACAAAUCAUCUUUCCAAAUCAGAUACUUUUGUUAAUGAUCCAUUGACUGUUUUUUCUAUUGUUAUAAAUGAAAAUGAAAAUUUUGUAAAUUGUAUCAUCGAAAAUGAAUUGUGUAAGCAAAUCCGUACGGAUAUAAUAAUUCCAUUUUAUACUUUAAAUAUUUUUUCUGUUCUUCCUAAACCAGAAAACCUAUUACGAGUUAAUCAUGAAAAUCGAUUAUUACAAAGUGUUUGUACUCGUUUUGAGGUGUUAAAUUACCCACUUAAAAGUUUUAUUCCUUUACCUUCAUUAAAAGUGUUCUGCACACCAAAAUUUGAUAUUCGCACAUACAUUUGUAAAGAAAUUAUCAUCAUGAACUCUCCGUUAAAAAUAUUUUCAGUUCUUCAAGUAUCACAUGAAAAGUGCUAUUGCAUUUUGCAAGAAACUGAUUUACAAGUUGAAGUUAGUAUUCAACAGUUAUGUGAUUUUGUGAAUGAUCUAAAUGUGCAAUCUUUUCUGAUAAUGCAAUCGGAAAAACCAAUAUAUCAAUUACUAGAAUAUACUAUUAAAACAGAUAUUACGAAUGAGUAUCCAUUGAAGAUAUUUACAGUUUAUUCUCCGGAAAGAUUGAUAACGAAUCAAUUAUUGGAAACUUCUUUGUCUAUCACGAAAAACUUAGUCGCCAUUGAAGAUUCUUUAAAGUUAUUUACUAAUUCAUCUUGCUCAGAACAAAUAUUUUCUUACACUGCUUCUGAAAUAUACCAAUUAAAGAACAACUUAGAAAACUGUAUUAUAACUAUGGAUUCUUCAUUGGAAAUAAUUAAAUUAUCAAAGCAAGAAGAAUAUAAGUAUUUAAAUAUAAUUACAGAUUUUGACGAUAACCUUCAAGUUGUUUCUAAAACAAUACAUUUUGUAAAUUAUCCGAUAAAGUCAUUUUCUACCCUGGUGCUUCAAAAUGAAAAAUAUAUUAAUUGCUCCAUUAAUCCUUUUCGAGAAUUAUUUACAUAUAUUAAAAAUUCGAAUGAUUCUAUAAAUAUCUUUUUUCUUCGUUUACCUAAACAAGAAAAUCUAUUACAAACCAAAUCUGAAAUACGUCUUCUGCAAAACUGUUAUGUGCAAUUUGAUUAUAUUAACCACACUCUCAAAAUAUUUAAUCUUUCUUCACCAGUUAGUGCAACGGCAGAAAUUAAAUUUGAAACUGAAUUAUUGCAAAACAUCUCUCAAACUUCUUGUUUCAUUAAUUAUGCCCUUGAAAAUUUAUCUACUUUUAAUUUAAAAUCUUCAAGAUACAUAGACUUACACAGAGAAAAUAAAAUAAAACCAGAAAUAUGCUCAUACGAAUCUCGCAAUUUAAAGCAUAAUUUUCAAGAAGACAUACCUCAAGCAAAGUACGAAUCUUAUUUUCCACAACAUGUUUGUGUAUCAAAAUGCACUUUAUUCGAAGAAUUUGUAGAAAUGUUUCAAUCUUCUCCAGAAAUAAAGCAUAAAUUAGCAUUAGAAAUGCAAGAAGAACACAUCGACAAAACAUUCUUUUCUCUCCUGUAUCCACUAAGUUUAUUCCAAGUUUCUCCUGUUAAAAUAGCGUUGGCAAAAAUAUGUAUUAAGGAAGAUUUGAAUACAUAUUACGAAAGUUCGGUUUGUACGUUUGAUAGUGUAAAUUUAUUUUCUGCUGAUCAACAAAGACCAAAAUUAUUCAAACUUAAAUGUGAUAUUUAUCUUCGAGAUCAUAUUUACGUACAGUGCAGUUUACUCAAUUAUCCAUUUGCAACGUUUGCAAACUCCACGCCAAAAGAAGAGAAAAUUCAGCCGAGUCUAAACCUCAGAUUAUUACAUUAUAUUAAUAAAUCAUUGCUUCCUGUUUCCGAUUCUUUUUCAAUAUUUUCAACUUUACAAGAAAAUUCUUUAAAAUUGGGCCAAACUAAUAUAUAUCAAAUGGCUUUUUCGAGCGAAAUUCCUUCAAAUUAUAUUUUGCAGACAUUUUCUUCGUUCCCCGUAAAGAAUAAAUCACUAAAAAAUUUUAAAGACAAGAUUGAAAAAUGUUUUUACAAGUUGACUGAAACGUUCGUUAAUGUAGCCUUAAAAUCAAACAGUCUAGUCAAGAAAAUUCAUAAUUCUAAGCAUGUUUUUAUAAGUGUUUCGUUUGUUGAAGAAUCGUUACAAGUGUUUUCACCCUUUCGAUUGACAAAUACAUCAAAAAGAGACAGUUCAAUUCAAUCAAUGUAUAUUGAUAAAGCAUCUUUGUGCAAGACCAAGAAUGCAUGUUUUGAUUUUGUUUGUCGUGAAGAAAAAUUCGUGAAUGAAAGUCGUGAAAUACGUCCUCUUCUUAAUGUCAUUUCAAAAUGUGAUAUCAUUAGUCAUGGUUUAAUAAUGUUUGAAGUUCCUUAUUUAGAAGAUAAAAUUGAAUUCAUUUCUGGAAGUGACUUAUUUUACUUGUGUAAUUCUAUAAACCAUCCAGUAAAAUGUUUUUCGGUGUCGUGUUCUCCGUCUGAAAUAUGUUCAAAAUAUUUUUACAGCUUAAAUCACGAGAUUUUCAUUGAAGCACAAAAUCCGAAUCAUGUGAUAAAAUUAUUUUCUGUUUCUUCUUUAGACGAAUUAACAUCGAAGCUUGAUUAUUCAGUGCAACAUUUAAAUUAUAUCUAUACGGACUGUGUUGUAGUAAAUCAUCCACUAACAAUGUGUUUUGUUCUACCAUCUCCUACUGAAAAACAUCAUCUAACAAUGGAAGUUACUAUGUUUUAUAUUUAUAAGUCAUUUUUUCAAUCAUAUCAAUCUGUAAAGGUCUUUAGUGUUCCUUCCAUUUCGUCCGAAAAAUAUGCAUCGUACUGUUGUAGUCAAGAAAAUUCCUAUAAUCGAGCAAAGUCAUUUUCUGUUCCUAUCUAUUCCCAACGAAAUUUAACACGGAUAAAGAACGAGCUUCGUAUAAAUCGAUCACAUUUUUGCGCAAGUUGUACAAUUAUCGAUCAUCAUUUCCUAAACUUAUUCGUUCUUCCAUCUAAAGAAAUAAAGAGCUCUCAUCAAGAUAAAACUUCAAUAUUAAAAUACACCUCAGAAGAGUCUUUACUUGAAAAUAAUAUAAUUAAAAUAGCAAGAACUAGAGCGAAAGCUUUUGAUAAUAGAAAUUUUUCUCAAUCAAUUAUACUUACAGACAAUUUUAUUGAAAAUAAAAUAUUUUCCAUUCCGACAACCCGAAGAAAAGAAUUUUUUGAAAAUAUUAAUAAAUAUGUAAAAACAAUUGGAAUAUAUUCUAUCUUUGAUCUUCAACGUAUUAACUCGUCACAUGAAAGAAUACUUGGAGUAAACAAUCACGAAAUACAAUCGAUGACUUAUCCAUGUCUUUUCUUAUCAAGAGAUGCAAAUCAACAAGAAACUCUUUCAGAAAUUUUCAAACGAAAUACUGAUGUAUCCAACGUUCUCAAUUUAACUUCUAACUUAAUUGGAAAGAUAAAACAUCCUUCAGAUUCAGAAGAAAAUGAUUUACUUCAAUCAUUAAUUAGAAAUUCUGCUAUUUGUGGUAAUAUCUCGAAAACUACAAAUUACUUGGUGCACUUGUCUGGAUGUGAGUCGCUGAGAAUGGAACCGAAGUUAUUAUUUAAUUUAAAUCAGUGGUCGCCAUCUGUUUAUGUUUCAUCUGUUCUAUCUCGAAGAGAUGGAUUAUGUUUUGAAUUGCUGGAUAGCAUAAAUUUAAAUUUUUCUGAAUUAUUUAAACAUAGAUUCGAUAUACAGAAAAAUAAUUCGGACUUUUUUAAUUCUGUAUCAUUCGAGGUUCCGACUGAUUCUAAGACAAAAUAUCCAAAUUACAGUCGUAGCAAACAGAUGAGCGAAAAACAAUACGGAAAUAUUGAUUCGGAACAAUUGCUAUCUACAUUUGCGGAACGUCUUAAAUUUAAUUCUGCAGACGGUAAUAUUUAUUCAUAUUCUCUUGAUGUACUAAAAGACUUCAUAUUAACAUUAUAUUUUACAAGUCCCGGAAGUUAUGAUCAUGUCAUACAAAAGUUUAUUCAGAAAACAAAUAGAGAAAAAAUAUCUGAAACUACCGUUUCUAAGAAUUUAGAUUCAAUCUUUUACAAUUUCUGUUCCAUCAAAAACAAAUGCAAAUGUAAGGAAUAUAAUGUUAGGGAUAAUUUGAAAUCAUGCGAGACCGAUAACGAUAAUGCACUGUUAUGUAAUCACCAAACCAAACAGAGAACAUUUACUAAAUCUCGGAAGAAUUGGAUCAGAAGACAGAAUUUUCCAAUAUUACAUGAAAUAAACAUUAUAAAUGGAAAUGGAAAUUCGUCGGAACAAGAGGAAAAGUUUGACGUGAAAAUUAAAUAUUUCGACGAUUUUAACGAACGUAAAAUUUCAAGAUCAGAAAACGAACGUAUUCAUAUUUUCGGACGUAACAUAAAAUCAGAAAAUUGGAAUGGUGAUAACACGACUACUGAAAAUGUAAAUUCAAAAACUUCAGUCGAAAAAAUAAAAAAAAUUACAAAUGAAAUAAAUAUUAAACCAUACAAAGUAAAUAAUACAUUAACGAGAUUUCACGGAAUUGAUUUUACUGACGAAGAAAUUAUCUUAAAGUUAUACAUGAGCGAUUAUUAUGAAAGAAUAUACAAAUUAUACAAAUAUUAUUCGAGGGAAGUGAAAAAUAAAACUAUAAUUAAACAUGAUCCAACAUUAUUCAGUAAGCAGAACAUUAAAAAAGUGCAGUAUAACUUUGAUAAGCUGUUAUACGGUUUUCGCAAUACAUCCGAGAUCCUUGACGAAAUUACAUCAUACACAUAUUUAAACGAUUGCAAGUUAAAAAGAGAAGGGAUUAUUUUCGAACGAGAUGUAAAUAAAUUGAGAAUCAUGAAUAAAGUCGAUUCUAUUAUAGAUGAAAGGAUAAGACAUUUGAAGGAGAAUAUCUUGAGAUAUUACUAUCGCGAAUGCUACAGAAAACUAGAGAGAAAUUCAAAGAGAGUUUUAACAAACGAAAAUAGUGACUGUAGCUCGAAAAAAACUAACGAAAGGACUCGCCAUACAAAUGCAUAUAAUACUUUCCACCAACGAUUUACAGAAGAGAAGAAAAAGUGGGAAGAAUACAAAUCGACAGAACUGAGAAGAAAUAAAAAUACACGUGAUAAAUACUUUUUAACACAUUUUCAACGGUAUGAUUUAUAUUCCAAUAAAAUACCCGAGGACGUAAUUUUAAAGCUCUACUUAAAAGAUUACAUUAAAAUGUACGAAACGAAUAAUUUAUCUUUUAAAAGAAAAUUGUCAGGAAAGGAAAUAAAUGAUUUUCAACCUUUAAUACGAUAUAAACCUAAAAUAGAUAAACUUGAAACGAAUAGCGAUAUAUCGAUGCAACGUAACGAUAUUAAAUCAUCUCGUGAACUACAAGAUUUUAUAUUUUCCGAGCUUUCAAUAAACCAUUUACGUAAUAUCGAAGAAAAAAACAAUGCAUUUGACGCCAUUUUAAAAUUUUACAUGAUUGAUUACUACGAAAGAUUGAAUAAAAGAUUGAAAUGGAAAAGAGACAUCAAUAAAUCAUCAAAUUCUUUAUUCAAAUCUAACCCCAGUUACUAUAAAAAUAAGAUUGAAAGUAAAGAAAUGUGCGAGUUAAAAAAGAUUAGAUAUCACAAUAAAAACUAUAACUUCUGUUACAAUAAGAAACUUUCCGAAUUCGUGGUACCUACUAAUCUAUGGAAGGACGAUAUCAUUUUAAAAUAUUAUUUCCUUUCUCCAUUUCCAUUUAUUGAUGGCACGAAUAAGACGAGAUUAAAUAAGGCUAUAAGAGAAGAUAAUAAAGUUUUAAAAAUACAAACUGCAGCUUCCGACGAUGAUAAAAAAUACGAAAAUAAUCCAAUUAAAAUGUCAUUUAUAGAUGAAAAUGUUUAUAAAAACAAAACAAUAUACGAAAGGAUUUUAGAAACUUUUAAAACAGUUUCGAAACACCGAACAACGAGAAUGAAACCAAAAGAGUUUAUGUUUAACGAAGAGUUUAUUAUUAAAACGGAAAGAGAAAUAGAAGUGAAAAGAAGUAAAGUUUUUCAAAGAAGAGAAGUCAACACCGACGAAGAUGUAGCAAUUAUAAUCUCGUCGCAAAAAAUUCAAUAUUUUCCUAAAGUGUUGGACAAAUUAACAACAAUUUCUGCAAUUCCUAAAGGAUUUGACGUGAGGAAACAAAUGACAGUUCCAAUGUUAACGCAAAACGGAAACGCUGUUGUUGAUCUUAAAAAUAAAAAGAAGAAAAUGACGGAUGUAAAUAAAGACGUUUCCAAAUCCCAAUUUGAAAUGAACUUCAUGAAUACAAAGUUCAAUCAAACGGGAAGAAAAAAGGCGUUCUAUACUUACGAAACAUCAGUUUAAAUGUUUAUAUUCAAUUUCCUUGUGAUAGUUGUAUUUUUUUAAAUUUUAAAACAUUAUUAAUAUAUAAUUGCA